AUGGCCAUGCUUCGCCAGCUCUCAUCCUCUGACUUUCGAUCCUUCGAUUCGCACUUCAGUUUCACUACCUGGGCAAAGCAAGCUGCUGAAGAAGACUCCCAACGUUUGGCUUCCGUGGAAUCUGCAGAUGUGGCCGAAGCUCCGGUGGAGGAGUUGCCUGCAGAGGAGUCACCAAAAGUCCAUGGACGCAUUGUGGCAACGGCAGAUGACCUCUGCGCUCGGUUGGAUGCCUCCGAAAGCUCCGAGCUAGCGAAUGUCGUUCAGGCCGUGGAGGAGGCGCUGCAAGAGCUGAAGGACGAUGGCUCCUUCGUCAUCAGCAAAAGUGGCGGACGGGGCAAGGUGCAGAACAAGUUGAAGCGCAUAAAGGCCACAAGAUUGCUGGAGUCGUCUGGGGGAUGGGGAGCGGGGCCAGUCUUUUCUCUGGGGAAUCAGAACUUCAAAACCGUGGACCAGCCAGCCCGCUUAGCCAAAGCUGAGGAGGCAUCAGCAGAGAUGGCAAAAACGGCCGAGGUUGUCUCAGAAGCUCAAGUUCCGUCACCGGGCGAGAACGCUGGCAAUGCUGAAGAGCAGGCCGAGUUGAGGGUCUUUGGGAAAGGUCGCCGCGAAGCCGGCAGUGGACCCUUGGAUGCAGAUGGCUACCACGGGGCGCUGCAGCUUUCACAAGCUCCCGACCUUCCAAGAUACGAGAGGGAUAAGUGCCGCAGAGCCUCCCACGUGUUUGUGUCCUUCCUCAGCCCUGGGUCGCGUUCACACGGGGCAUGGUGCAUCGACACGGCUCCCUCGAUAUACUGUACUGAUUUCUUCGAGGUCGCGUGCAACCCGAACCGAGUACGCUACUUGAGUUGCUGGGGUCACGACCAUUCGAAGUCUGGGCACGAAAUCCCGUCCACAUCUAGAAAAAGGCUAUGGAAGAUAAGGCCACGCGACAUUUCCUUCAGCCAGGACUCCAUCGGAAAAGCAUUCAAAGAUGGCAACACUUUGGACGGCACAAUGGCCAAAAUCAGGUCUGGGGAAUGCAAGAUUGAAGACAUCGAGAAGAUCCAGAUCACGUGGCAUUCCCACCAACAAACGUCCCCGGGCAAGCCACGCUGGUGGACCUUCACCGGCAACCGAAGGCCUGCGACACAGGGGCGUUUGCUUUCAACGGUUUAG